AUGAAUAAAGUUGGAGCGGUGGACAAGUCGGUGGUGGAACUCGGAUUGCUAACGGAAAAGGUUAAAGCUGCCGAUGUGUUCACCCGCGGUUCCGCUUACGAUAAGCGCGUCGGAACGAAGAAUUUCCCUGGAAUUUCCCUUGGCUACGUUACUCCAUGGAACAGUCACGGGUAUGACGUUGCCAAACUGUUCUCGGCCAAGUUUUCUUUCGUAUCCCCAGUGUGGCUGCAGGUUGCUUGUGGAUCGAAUGGGAAAUACGUUCUGAAGGGUCAACAUGAUGUAGAUGCCGGUUGGGUGGAGCUACUUCAUCAAAGGGGGAAGAAACAUAAGCUCAAGGUCGUGCCUCGUAUUCUGAUUGACAAAUGGAAAUCUGACGACUUCGUCAAGCUUUUUGGUAAUCGUGAAGAGCAAGCCGACUUCAUAACUACCAUGAAGAACGGCUUAAGUUUGCACAAAAUGGACGGCAUUGUGUUGGAAAUAUGGCGUCAAGCCCCGCCGAGCUUGAAAGACGACCUUGUGACUUUCUUGGUAAAUUUUGGUCGAAGUAUGCAGAAAGACAAUUACAUGGUCAUUUUGGCGAUUCCGCCGACGCCGUCGUCUCAGUCGGGGCCGGGAUCUUUCUCGAAGAGUGAUUUCGAGAAGCUCCGCUACAGUUUCGAUGCGUUUUCCAUCAUGACAUACGAUUACUCCAGUCCGAUUAAUCCAGGGCCCAACAGUCCCGUGGGUUGGGCAGAAUCUUGCGUGCGGAACCUGUGUCCGGAUGAGCUCGGUAAAGAUUGCCGAGACAAGCUUUUGAUGGGAAUUAAUUUCUACGGCUAUGAUUACACGCCAACGGGAGGUGGGCCAAUCCUCGGAAGUCAGCUCCUGCAAAUUUUGGGUACCGUGAAAGCCAAAGUCACAUAUGACGAUAAUUCCAUGGAGCAUUUUUUCGAGUACAGAACCCGCGAAGGAAAACAUACCGUAUUUUACCCGACAAUAUGGUCGCUAUCCCAGCGUUUGGAAUUAGCGAAGAAUCUUGGAGUCGGCAUUGCCAUCUGGGAGUUGGGACAAGGGAUGGACUAUUUCUACGAUUUGCUGAAGCAGUUCGUCGACGUGGUUCAGUUGCUGAUGGAAAGAGGUGUCAGCAUUCGCAUGACCAUCUUGUGCGUCAUCGGAGUAGGGACGGGGCUUUUCGGUGACCGACACCGAGUGACCCACAUACCGCAGCUCAUCGCCCUCCUGUCCACGUCGUGGAAUCAUCGAGGGAGCAAGUCGCAAAUGAUUCUCCCAGCGUAG